CCUUCUUGCACCAAAAGCCAGAAGCCAUUGACACAAAAAACACUAUCAUCUCGUCUCAAUUGCCUUCUUAUACUGUACUAUCUGUUGCUUGACUCGUUCUCGUUCACAAGAUGGCACAAAAAGCAGCUCGCGACUGGAUCUACCUGGUCAUUAUCUCACUCCAACUCGUUGGCAUGAUCUGUCUCGAAUUCACUGAGUUCUACCCUGAGUCGAUCUAUUCUGCACCCAAUGCCCCUCUCCACUUUCUAGCCAACGUCAAAGAACAAUACCUCUCCUUUUCAGGGGACCCCUUCUUCGGGGACAAGUUCCAUGGUGCCUGGUUCCGCAGCAUGUUCUUCAUUGAGAUCUUUGUUCAAUUCCCUCUGGCUAUUUACAUCGUGCGGAACCUCGCUGCUAAGAAGCCUUCAUCUGGACCUGUUGAACUCGCUGGUCUGGCGUAUGGUUGCUUGACUGCUAUGAGCUCCGUUGCAUGUGUUGCUGAGCUGUUGGAGAUGGGGCCUGAGUUGGUGAGCGAGGAGCAUAAGAGGAACUUGGUCUGGGGGACGUAUUUUCCUUAUGCGCUUAUUCGUAAGUCCCCAUCCGUUUGUUGAAUGUUUACUAAUGAGAUCAAGCUGGUGCUAUGGCUAUUGAUAUGUACACACGACUGUUGCGCCGUGUGAGCACUGAUAUCAAGCCCAAGACACAGUAGAGAACACAGUCACAAAACGGCACUUGUAUGGCAGGUAGUCGGUGUGGACUGUUGCCUCCGGCUUUUCACAUUACUGUUCUACAUUGCAAGAAUCCCAUAUCCAUCCCUGACUCCAUAAAUGCACUGUACAUAAAACCAGAAUCUCAGUCCAUUCUCUUAUUCUGCUUCGAGUAUCCCCAUCCAUUGCCCAUGGUGUUCACUCCAUAUCCCAAAGGUGUCGCACCCCCGAGAGCUCGUCCCUUGAGUCUUCUGGGCAGAAUCACACCAAGAGUGUACAUAGUAGCACACAACACACCAGCGCCAAAGGACACGAGACUGUAGAACACAGUGCUCGCGUAAAUAUGACCGCCUAGGCCCUGCCAUUCUACCUUUCCUUCUGUCUUGGGCAGUGCCGGUGUUGGAAACCAUCGCACAGAUAGGCUCAGCGGCAAUGGAUCGCCAAUGACCAAUUUUCGUGUAUGCGAGCCCUGCAGAUGGUGCAGAGGACUAGUACUAUACGCAAUCGCUGAAUCCAAAACACCACUGUCAUGAGCAUGAGUAUGAUGCUUCGGCGUACUAUGCAGCAACACAUUCAUAUGCGUGCUGAUAUGUAUAUGGCUAAGCUGUAAUGUGCCCGCGAGUGCGAAAACUACGGGGACGUAUUCGCGCUCGGGGACCUUCUCGCCAACGACUUCGACUUCGGCCGCUGGACGCGCAGGAAUACGACAUGAUAGAGGCGCAUCGGAGUGGAUGUAGAAUUCGAGGAGGUGGAAGAAAGGAUCGUCGAUCAUGGCUAUCGUGCAGUUUACUUCGCCUUCUGUUCCGUAGUUGAAUUCAAGAGGGCGGCCGGUUUCGUUGCAGACGGGGAAAGGUUUCCAUUCGAUUUCGUGCUUUUCGUUUUCGACAUGCUCGCCAGUUUCUCUGCGACUUGUUAGAGAUGUAGCUAGUAAUUGGGUGACGGACGCACGAGUUACGGUUCAUGCAUUCUACGGGAAUGGGAGCGCCGUAGUGAUAUGAGGGAAGACCAUCUUCUGGAUUCGCUGUGACGAGGGGCGUUAAUGCGCCCAGGGCGACGACGGCCCAGGCGAUAGGAGCGAUCAUGACAGCGGUGUGAUUUGAGGGCGCAAAGAAGUGGUUUGUGAGAAACCACCCUCGUAUAUUCGGCGACUUGGAGCGUCUAGAUUAAGUAUCAAGAUCAUAACAUGGCGAUCAAGAAAGUCUGUUUGGCGAGCUCUGGGGGGUUGAGUUGAAG